UUACAAAACCAUCAUAUCAAUAUAAGACAGAAGGAUGAAAUGAGACUUAUCCGAAAUCGGAAAGAGGCUUUGUCUGAACUGGAAGAAAGUGCAGCAGAAGAACUGCGCAAAAUUGACGAUAAAACUGCAAGUGCUAUAUCUAUUUUCAAAAAAGAUGUUGAGUACAGGACUGAAAAGGCUUUGUCUGACAUAGAGCAAGCUAUAACUACAGCCUUGUCUGAUAUGGAAGAAGAACAGAGGCGAGCUGGACAGGACUUUAAGGAUAACACAAAAGCUGCCUUUUCUGAAUUUGAACAGGCAAUGAAAAUGUCUGCACAUGAUGUUAAAGAAAGUACUAAAAAUGCCUUGUCUGAGUUUGCAAAAGCAAAGAAAGGGGCUAAACAGGAUGUUAAAGAAAGCACAAAGUAUGUUUUGUCUCAGUUAGAAGACGCAAAGAAAGGGACUGAAGAGGAUGUUAAAAAAAGCACAAAGGAUGCCUUGUCUGAAUUAGAAGAAGAAAUGAAAACGGAUGCAAAGGAUGUUGAAGAAAGUAAAAAUCGUGCCUUGACUGAAUUAGAAGAAGCAAAGAAAUGGGCUGAACAAUAUAUUAAAGAACGUACAAAAGAUGCUUUGUCUGAGUUAGAAAAAACAAAAAAAUGGGUUGAACAGGAUGUUAAAGAAAGCAAAUAUCGUUCCUUGUCAGAAUUAGAAGAAGCCAGAAAAGAGGUUGCACUUGACGUAAAAGAAAGCACAAAAGAUGGUUUGUCUGAGUUAGAAGAAGCAAAGAAAGAGACUAAACAGGAUAUUAAAGAAAGAACAAAAGAUACCUUGUCUGAAUUAGAAGAAGCAAAAAAAGGGGCUGAACAAGAUGUUAAAGAACGUACAAAAGAUGCUUUGUCUGAAUUAGAAGAAGCACGAAAGAGGUCUGUACUGGUUAAAGAACGUACAAUAGGUGCCUUGUCUGAGUUUAAAGAAACAAAGAAAAAAGCUGAACAGGAUGUUAAAGUAAGCACAAAAGAUGCCUUGUCUGAAUUAGAAGAAGCAAAGAAAAGGGCUGUACAAGAUGUUAAAGAACGUACAAAAUAUAUUUUGUCUGAGUUUGAAGAAGCAAAGAAAGGGACUGAACAGGAUGUUAAAGAAAGCACAAAGGAUGCCUUGUCUGAAUUAGAAGAAGAAAUGAAAACGGCUGCAAAGGAUGUUGAAGAAAGCAAAAAUCGUGCCUUGUCCGAAUUUGAAGAAGCGAGGCAAGAGGUUGCACUUGACAUAAAAGAAAGCACAAAAGAUGUUUUGUCUGAGUUAGAAGAAGGAAAGAAAAGGGCUAAACAGGGUGUUAAAGAAAACACAAAUGAUGCCUUGUCUGAAUUAGAAGAAGCAAAGAAAGGGGCUGAACAGGAUGUUAAAGGCAGCAGAAAGGAUGCAUUUUCUGUAUUAAAAGAAACAAUGAAAAGGGUUGCACAGGAUCUUGAAGAAAUAAAAAAUCGUGCCUUGUCCGAAUUAGAAGAAGCAAGGCAAGAGGUUGCACUUGACGUAAAGAAAAGCACAAAAGAUGUUUUGUCUAAAUUAAUAGAAGAAGCAGAAAGGAUAUGA